AUGCUGGCGACGCAAUCGAUUUUAGAGAAGGAUAGUUUGCUGAAUAGAAUGGAUCACUUUCUGGCUAGUAAAUAUGCUAUAGCUGCUGUUGUCGGCGUGGUGGCGCUGUGCUUUUUCCUCUUAUCCAAGCUAGCCCUUCCUUUGCACCCUCAUGAGCCUCCUCUCCUAAAACCACGGAUUCCGUUCAUUGGCCAUGUAAUCGGACUGGUGUUCGGGAAAAUCGAGUAUAUCGGAAACCUGGGCUUGACCCGCCCAGAUUUGCCCAUCUACACCCUCCCGCUGGGAGCCAGCAAGAUGUACAUCGUUUCCUCGCCCCAACUUCUACAGGCUGUCCACCGAAAUAAGGCCUUCAGCAUGGAUCCCCUCCAGAUCGCCUUUGCGGAGAAAAUGGUCGGCUUUGGCCCGAAUCUCGCCCACGUAAUGCGACAUGUUCCGACCGACGGUUCUGUUACCUGGUUGCAGGACCAGCACAAACCCUACGAUUUGUUGGCACCAGGUCCGGCACUCUAUAAGAUGAACGUAUGCGUGUUGGAGAGCCUAUUCGGUGUACUCAAUCAGGUGGAUGCCAGUUUCGAGACCAAAACGCUCUAUCUUUGGCUAAGAGAGACUUUUACCAUAGCCACAACAAAAGCGCUCUUUGGGCUCGAUAACCCACUAAUUAACAACCCAUCAUUGCAUGAUGACCUAUGGGAGUACGAGACGGCUCAACAACAACUGCUCUUGACCCCGUUCCCCUCGAUUCUCGUAAGGAAGGGAUACAUGGCACGGCGCCGGCUCCAGGAGUCUCUUCGGAAGUACUUCAGGAACGGAUCCGACGAGAAUUCGGAUGUCUCGAUGGUGGUUAAGCAAAGGGCAACGACGAACCGGAGAUGGGGCUUGCCCAUUGAUGACGUUGCUGACCAUGAAGUGGGCCUACUCUUCGUUGCGGUCACCAAUGCAAUCCCUACCAUGUUCUGGAUGGUCGUCUACAUAUUCCGGGAUCCGCGCUUGGUAGCAGACUUGCAAGAGGAGCUGUCGAAAGUCGUCAGUGAAGCGAGGGGCGAGGAUGGGAAGACCCGCGAGUUCACUCUCGAUGUCAGCACCUUCUCAACUGCCUGCCCUCUACUGAACUCAGUCUACCGAGAGGUCAUGCGACUUACGAACCGGCAGAUGAACACUCGAACUAUCCUGAACGACGUAAUGCUCAACUACACUCCCAAGGACGGCGGGGAGCCCCGGAAAUACCUGCUCAGGAAGGAUGUCUCUGUUCUCAUGCCUUCUAUGACCCUUAACUUUGCCGAGGAGACGUGGGGCAAAGACUCACACCUAUUUGAGCCGCGCCGAUUCAUGAACCUGUCUCGUGAGCAGGAGAGGUUGAAAAGACGGGCAGCCAACCCCUUCGGCGGCGGGAAGCACCUGUGCCCCGGGCGUCACUUCGCCUACGCAGAGAUCCUAGGUACCGUGGCCGCUCUCGUGCUGGGAUUCGACAUUGAGACGCCGGAGGGCGACAGACUUUCUGUGCCUCGACUGAACAACAAUCUUUCCGAGGCAGUUGCGAAGCCUCUGCAAGAGGACCAACAGGCAUAUAUCAAUGAGAACAGUGCUCCGCAAUAUCUGCCCAAAUACCUGGGGCUGUACAUAAACCGUUUGUUCCACAAGCCCAUGGAUAGCUUUUAUCAAGAGAUUAUAAGCCCCAUAAAUGGCAGGGCAAUCACCAAAGUCGCAUUUGCCGGAAAAGAAGACACUGUCCUCGCUUUGGAAGCUGCUGACAAGGCCUUUAAUAGCUGGCGCGCUGUCUCAACGCUGGAACGCUGCAAAAUCAUGCGCAAGGUAGCACAGAUCGUGCGCGAUCAUGCCGAGGAACUUGCUGCGUUAGAUGCUUGGAACAUAGGAAGUCCCAUUUCCAUUAUGCGGGCCGAGGUCGAGUACUCCGCCAUAAACUUUGACUUGUUUGCCGGCCUGGCUCCGGCUGUGACGGGGGAGACCAACCGCUUAACAGACGACAUAUUCCAUUACACGAUCCAAGAACCCCUGGGCGUGGUAGCGCGCAUCAUCCCGUACAAUCAUCCCGUCUUGGGCAUGGCUAUUAAGAUAGUGACGCCACUAGUAAUGGGUAACACAGUUAUCAUCAAAGUCUCGGAGCAGGCACCGCUAUCCGCCUUCCGACUGAUGGAGAUUGUUAGUGACCUUUUCCCACCUGGUGUUAUCAAUAUACUUGCGGGCGGCCGAGAGAGCGGCGAAGUCCUGUCAAGUCAUCCCAUUAUCAAAAAGGUCACUCUUAUUAGCAGCGUCCCUGUGGGGCGAGCUAUCUCUCGCAGCGCCGCUGAUACGCUCAAACUCACCACCUUAGAACUGGGCGGCAAAAACGCUCUAGUUGCCUAUCCAGAUUCUAACAUUCCAAAGCUGGUUAAUGGCAUUGUCAAAGGCAUGAAUUAG